CGGCGAACUCGACUCAGCUGAUCGAAGUCGACUGAGUUGAGCUGCGCAACAUAAAGACAAGACGGCAAAAUGAGUCUGUUCGGAAAGAAACGUCAGGAUGAGGUGGAGGCUGCCAGACAUAUGGCCAUCAAGCUAACCCUCAGCAAAGAAGUGGCAUCAUCUAUCAAAAAGCUCCAGCGAGAUCACAUUAGUCUUGAUUCAGCCAUUAGAAGUGGUGACACAGCAAAUCGGUUCUGUAAUGUAAUGGAGGCCAUCCUGCUACAUGAGUUGAAGGAUUCAUACUCAUCCAAGACUUUUUGGCCUUUUCUGAUAAAGUUCACACACAGAGAUGUUAUAGAACAGAUCAAGGAAUUGUCUUUCAUCAAAACUGAGGUUGGAUUUUGUAGGGCGUGGGUUCGACUGGCUCUUAAUGACUGUCUAAUGGAGAGUUAUAUAUCAGCCAUUCUGAGAGACAGCAAGGCUAUUAGGCAGUACUACGGUCGUAACUCAUUCUUCCGAGAUCCAGAGCAACCAUUUAUCAUCAACAAUUACCUGCAAGGUCUAUGCAACUUCUCCUUCCAACUCUCACACAACUCCACCCUGCUGAAUGUCUGGGGCGCAGCGCCCUCUAUGUUGAAGGGUUCCUGGUCUCCACCCGGCGACAAUAAGGCAAACGACGCAACAGCUCCAAGACCUUCAACAGAUCUUACAGCCUCAUUUCAAGACUGGCCAGCUGCAACCAGUCCAUUGACCUCAUCAACAGCGAGCUUCACCAUACCCGAUGGUGCCUUGCACGUGACACCCACCAAUUCCCUUGACAUGCCAUACCACGUAGGCAGCUUCCACGAGAGUGAGAUGAGCACCAACUUGCUGCGCAGCCUGGCUGAAGACGAGAAGGGAACGACCAGGGAUUCGGUUGCAGCGCUGAGUCGUAAGAUUGAAGAACAACCAUCAGUGGUCUUAGAGGAAUCAGAAGACUUUGAGGAUAGUAUUGUCAUCCAUAUGUCUCCUACUCAGAACACAUCGAUUCAAGAAGAAGAUAAACCUCCUGAUGAUGCCCCAGAUACCGAGCAUUCCCAUCUCCAGAACAUGAAUGUACAUUCGUCUCCUUCCAAGAACCCGUUUGAAGAUGAGGAUGCGGAGGAUGCUGAAUCCUUUAAUCAAGGGCAUGUCAAUGAUAGUGAUGCACAAACCAAAGAAGAGCUGUCCAUCGCGUCAGGCCUUACUAAGUAUCCUGGUGAGGAAAAUAGACAUGCACCAAAGAUUCCAUCUAAUCAAGAAGCAGAUGAUCCUACUUCUUUCUAUUCAGACAACAUCAGUAAGGAAACAAAUCUCAAAAUGAAGAUCGAAAGGGACGACUUUGAUGAUAACCCAUUUUUCAAAGCUGAUGUUAACAAGGAUGCAGAGAACCCUAAUGAUGGGAUAAAGAAACCAAGGAUACCCUCCUUGCAGGAGGAGCUUGAUGCGGCAGAGGGAGGGAUGUACGUGUCUAGAUCCAACAUUGAAUAUUACAAAGAGGAUGAUGAUGAGGACGAGGAGGGUGACGGUGAUUACCAUGGCGAUGUGAGGAGAGGAAAGGAGAAAGAAGUCCAGUCAGGAAAGGUUGAUGAUAUGAGAACAUGUAACUCAAGGGACCAGGGAUUGGAUGAGAGAGGGUUGCUUGAGGAAGACAGGAUGGGAAGAGUUUCAGCUGGUGAAAAUGAUGGAGGAGAGAGGGAGGAGUUUACUAGUUCCCAUGGCAACAGUCUUGGAAGAAACAGAGGCUGGUCCUCAGAGUUCCACAGACCUACAUCAACGAUGUCUGAAGAUACUACAGAUGGAUACACAAGGCAAGAGAGCUAUCAAACAUUGCUGAAGAACUACAUGGACACCACAGACAAGGCCAUCACUCCUGUCAGUAACCUUUCACCUUUGACCUCUCCUACCAGUGACACGACCAGCAAAGAGAUGUCUACACCACCCCCUAUGAAGAGUUCUGCACCUACUUCUCCUCAACCUGCAGAUUUUCCUCUGGAUUUUGAAAUCAUUCCCUUCAGCAGCUCACCGGCCUCUAAAUAUGCCGACUCGCGCACACAAGACUUGCUCUCCCGGGUGACGAAUAUCGCUAAUGAGAAGGGUCUGGACUCCCAGAACUACCAAUGUAAAGGCUGCACGAGACCAGUGGGCAUCAUCUACGGCAAGGCCAAGGUGUGUGGGUACGAUGGAUGCUACUACUGCUAUGAAUGUCACAUAGAUGAGGAGGCUAUCAUACCUGCCAGGGUUCUUUACAACUGGGAUUUCAGGAAACAAAAAGUUGCCAAGCACACCAAGAGUUUCUUGCAGCAGAUAGAGGCUAUGCCCUUGAUUGACAUAGCUCAAACCAACUCAUCACUCUACAAGGCUGUUCAGGAGCUAGAAGAAGUCAAGGGAGUGCGUAUGCAGCUGAAGUACCUGAAAGCCUACUUGUUCACCUGCAAGCAGUCAGUAGCAGAAGAACUCAAGAAGAGGGUGUGGCCAAGGGAAUACAUGCUGGACCAUGUUCAUCUAUACUCCAUGCUGGACUUCACCCAGGUGCAGGCAGGAACACUCUCUCCCAUUCUCAGGAAGGUGGUGGUGUUUGCAGUCAAGCAUGUUCAACAGUGCGCCCUCUGUAGUCAGAAAGGAUUCAUCUGUGAGAUCUGUGAGAACAGCAAGAUCAUCUAUCCCUUCGAUACGGAUCUUACUGUUCAGUGUGACAAAUGCAAGUCAGUGUACCACAGAGCGUGCAAGACGGAGAUGAAACCCUGCCCCAAGUGUGUGCGAAGGAAAGUGAGGAAGACCCAGGCCGACCAGAACGCGAGCGAAGCAAACUUUGUCUCUCCCUUCACUUGAUGAGCAUGAGGAGGACCAGACCAAGGGCCCGUUUCACAAAGCCUUUUUUCAAUGGCAAAUGACAAAAAUCAGUGACAAAUCUGCUGAUAACCAAUCAGAAGCAAGGAUUUCAGUAGCUUAUAACAAAAACUGCAAUUUGUCACUGAUGACAAGUUUUGUGAAACGCCCCCCCCCCCCCCCCCUGGGCCCUGUUUCAUAAAACUUGUUAUCAAUAACAAAUGCUGAAUUUCUAUGACAAAGUUGCUCUCAGCCAAUCAAAUGGCAUGAUUUCAGUAGCUUAUAACAGUUACACUAUUGUCUUGCUAUUGAUGAAAAGUUUGAUGAAAAAGGGCCCAGAUGCCACAAGUUGCCUUUCAUUCUCAUAUAAAGUGGUUGCCUUAAUGGCCCUUUAUUGCAUCGAUCAAAGACCUACAUGUAUUUAACUACACUAAAGCCUCGGUCACAAAUGCCAUUACGAACUGCUACGAACGCCGUACAAACGAUUUUCAGACAAUGGAAAUUCGGGAAGACAAUGGAAAAACAGGGAGACUCAUACAAAAUUAUCGUUUGUACAAAUCUUUGUGACCGUAGCAUGAGGUGCCCUACCUGUACGAUGCAUUAAAUGCUCAUAAACACAAGUAAUGGAUACCGAUAUAUCUAUAUAAAAAUUCAACAUGCAAUAUAAUUUCUGGUUCAUAAUCACAGGAAAUUAACUUUCUAUUUUUCUCUCUCUCUCUCUCUCUCAUUCUCCCUCUCUCUCUCUCUCUCCCUCUUUCUCUCUCUUUCUCUCAUUCUUUGUUUUGUUUUGUUUUAUUUUAUUAUUUUGCCUCUUGAUGUAAUGAAUACAUGUCAAAGAUGUUUCCAAGGGGUGAAACCAAAUAUUUUGUAGAUGACAGUAUCUCUGAAAAAGUUAGCAAAAUAUAUAUGUAUAUUGCCAUUGUUACAUUCACAUGUUAACUUCUCCACGAUAAUCAAGUAUCGUGCCUGAAUUUUUUUGAAGACUUCAGGGCCCCCGUUCCCUAAAAAUUGUUAUCAAUAACAAGUGCUAAAUUUCUAUGACAAAGUUGCUUUUAGCCAAUCAAAUGGCACGAUUUCAGUAGCCUAUAACAGUUAUUGUAACUUGUUAUUGAUAACAAGUUUUGUGAAACAGGGGCCCAGAAUGAAGAGGCAUGUGCCCAAGUGUGGAAGAACCUUAUCAUAUUUGGGCCUCAUUGUGCUUACAUAUUUCAAGCAUUAUCACCAUUAUCAAAUAAAUAUUUUAGGAGAUGUCUAGAUCUUAUCUUGUAAAGUGUUUUAAAGAAAUGGUUGAACCAGUCACAAUCCUAGACACAAUCCAAAUGAAUAGAACUAACAAUUGAUUUUGAACAAUUAUAA